AUGGCCUCUCACGACUAUUACCAUGGCGGUGGCCAGCAGGCUCCUUACGGCGCCGCACCUAACGCAUCGCCCUAUUACCAAACUCAUGAUGCUCCUUCACCGCAGUCGACACCAGCGCCCCCGUACGAGUCCAACUCAUACAACUCCAACUACCCUCCUGACAGUUCGAUUUAUCCUGCCGACUCUACCACACAUAUAAUUCCCACCAAGCAGACACCAUACUCGCCCAACGAUGUGCAAUAUAAUCCAUCAAACACGUAUGCUAGUCCCUCUGGACAGAGCUCAGGCCACAACCAACCUGGCCAAACUGGUCAGUCUCCUUUCGACACCGUCUUUGACGAUCAUGUGUACCCGGCAAAUUCGCACACGGGACCGACUCCCGGCUCCAGUACGGCUGACAUUGGCCAACAAGGCUUCUACCAAGACACAAGUUAUGAUGGUGGAGCCGCAGCUGCACGACCUUCUGGUCAGGAAGAUAUUCCCCUUCAGGAUCGUACAGCAAAGAACGAUGAUCCUGAGAUGAAUGAUCAUAUCUAUGAUGCUCCUGGGCGAUCAAAGAAGAAGAGCAAAAAGGGAAAGGUCCGUCUGGGCGAGCUCGGCAUGAUAGGCGCAGACAAGAAGAGAAUACCAUGGGUUGUCUACACCUUCACAGUCGUUCAAAUCGCUGUUUUUAUUGCUGAAAUAGCACAAAUGGGCGUAUUGACAGGAACUCCCAUCGCGAUCAAACCUCAGUUCAACAUCUUCAUCGGUCCAUCGCCAGGUCUGCUUAUCAACAUGGGCGCUCGAUAUGCCCCUUGCAUGCGCAAUGUGAAGGGCAUUCAGAGCGUGGAUAAGAGCAAGUCGGGCACCGUUCUACCCGGUCUCCUUUGCCCGAAUGCUACCACGGACGACAGUUUCUGCCCUCUCCAUGUUGUCUGCGGGUUUGGUGGUGAUGUACCAGACCCCAAAUUCAAUGGCGAUAUCAACCAGAGCCCCGAGCCUAACCAGUGGUACCGAUUUAUCACAUCGAUAUUCAUGCAUGCCGGACUUAUUCACAUUGUUUUCAACCUUCUCCUGCAGCUUACUAUUGCGAAAGAAAUGGAGACGGCCAUUGGAUCAAUCCGAUUUCUACUUGUCUACAUGAGUGCUGGAAUCUUUGGCAACAUCAUGGGUGGAAACUACGCGCCGCCAGGACAGCCAUCAGUGGGUGCCUCUGGUGCUCUCUUUGGUAUUAUCGCUCUGGUCCUGCUUGACCUCCUCUACUCUUGGAAGGACAGACGCAAUCCAGUCAAGGACCUUCUUUUUAUCAUUCUUGAUAUGGUGAUUGCGUUUGUUUUGGGUCUUCUGCCUGGCUUGGAUAACUUUGUCCAUAUUGGAGGUUUCUUGAUGGGGCUCUCUCUUGGUGUCUGUAUUCUCCAUUCUCCCAACUCACUGCGACGACGGAUGGGCCAGGAGCUCUCAUACACAGCUGUUUCUCCUCAGACUGGAGAAUCGCCGCCUCACUUUUUGAAGAACCCCGUGGGUUUCUUCAAGGGGCGCAAGCCACUAUGGUGGGCAUGGUGGUUGGUUCGAGCUGGCUUCCUCGUUAUGAUCAUCGUUGUCUUCAUUGUUCUUCUCAACAACUUUUACAAGUACCAUGAAACUUGUGAAUGGUGCAAGUACUUGAACUGCAUUGAUGUUAAUGAUUGGUGUGACUGGGGGUCUUUUGAGCAUCUCAAAGCACCUAAGGCUCAGGCGACAAGUAGUUGA